AUUUCAAUGAUUGACUCUCUUCUUCUCUGUCACUUUAUGGGCUGCUGACAUUCACCUGACUGGACACACUGUAUGUCAUAACUUCAAUCAGCUAUAUAAGAACACUUCUUUCACACAGGUCUUCAUCACCUACAGGUGUUUAUACCUCAGACUUCACCACAAACACCAACAAAGGUAAGCGACUGCAACAACACAUUUAGAAGAUGAGAGAAACGAUAACAUUCAUUCUGUUGCAGUUCCAGUGUGUGAAGGAAAUGGUUUAUGAAGCAAAAUUGAAGUGAAAGAGUUCAGUUUGUGUGGUUUCCUGCAUGUCACACGGGAUCUGAAUGUGUUUUCUCUGCCUGUGUUUGUCACUCAGGAUGAAGCUGCUGCUGGUUGUUGCUGCUGCUCUGGCUGUGGCCAGCAGUGCCAGGGUCUCCCUGGAGGACCUGGAGUUCCACGCCUGGAAACUCAAGUUCGGUGAGAAAAAUAUGAGAUUGAUUUCUUCUUUGUGUUUUUUUUUGAUAAUACAGUAGAUCUUGUUGGUUUCCUGUGUGGCUUUAAUUUGGAGUGUGCUGACACAGAACAUACCUAAAAGUCUGAUAAGAGUUUGUAACUUAUCUGUAGAACUUUGAUUUAAAACUUUUUUUUCCCAUCAAAUACAUUUGGCCCAUAUUUUAAUCCAAAUUUACUCCUUUGACUUGCAGGAAGGACCUACAGCUCUCCAUCAGAGGAGGCUCAGCGCAGGCAAAUCUGGCUCAACAACCGCAGAGUGGUGCUGGUGCACAACAUCAUGGCCGAUGAGGGCAUCAAGUCUUACCGCCUUGGCAUGACCUACUUUGCUGACAUGGUAUGAAGAGAAAAGCAGAAAUCCAGUUGUGUCUUACACCCUUUAACUUUUAGAGUUUCCCUUGAACAUGUACAAGAGAAGAGUGAAUGACAUCUCCGAUAACAGUCUAAAUUUGUGUCCUUUCCUUUAGGAAAACGAGGAGUACAAACGCCUGAUCUCCCAGGGCUGCUUGGGUGCCUUCAAUUCCUCUCAGCCUCGCCAUGGCGCCACUUUCUUCCGUCUGCCUGAAUUAAAAGACCUGCCCACCACCGUUGACUGGAGAGACAAGGGAUACGUCACUGAUAUCAAAGAUCAGAAGCAGUGCGGCUCCUGCUGGGCCUUCAGCGCUGUAAGUACAACAGCAAAGUCACAUCCUCUCAUUCUGUCUUCACACAGCAGUUUUUUGGGUCUCUCAUGAGUGUAUCCCCUUUUUCAGACCGGCUCUCUGGAGGGUCAGAACUUCAGGAAGACAGGAAAGCUGGUGUCUCUGAGUGAGCAGCAGCUGGUUGACUGCUCUGGUGAUUAUGGUAACAUGGGCUGCAUGGGAGGCCUGAUGGACCAAGCAUUCCAGUACAUCCAGGCUAACGGAGGCAUCGACACAGAGGAGUCCUAUCCGUAUGAGGCUGAGGUUAGAGGAGUUUAUUUCAGUUGCCAUGGUUUCUUAUGAGUCUUUUGUAUUAAAAGAGUUAGAGAUGCAAAUCAACUCAGUCAGGAAAUUACAAGGAGAGUUUUAAAGUGUAAGAGCUGAACUUUGUUGCCAUCUUGUGGACAAAAGAUGUAGUAGCCCGAACUUUAAGACUUUAAGACAUAUUCAGCAUCUAUAUCCCACACAUUUGAUAACAUUCUGAUCCUUUUUUCUCUGUAACAGGAUGGUCAGUGCCGUUACAAACCCGGCAACGUUGGAGCCAAAUGCACAGGCCACGUUGAUGUGAAACAAGGUGAUGAAGAUGCCCUGCAGGAGGCUGUGGCCACCAUCGGGCCUGUGUCUGUCGCCAUCGAUGCCUCCCAAAUGUCCUUCCAGCUCUAUGAAUCAGGUGAAGAACAUCUUCUUUCACAACUGCUUUUGAGACAGAAAAGGAAUUUGUGUUCUUUGUGUGACUGUCUGAUCUGUGUUUGCAGGAGUGUACGAUGAGCCAGACUGCAGCAGCACAGAGCUGGAUCACGGUGUCCUGGCUGUGGGCUACGGCAGUGACAGUGGAAAGGAUUUCUGGCUGGUCAAGAAUAGGUAAUAAAUCUCAUAAAGCGAGGCCUGCUCUCAUGCUAAGAAUCAGUCACUUGAGUAACAAUGGAAACAGACAGCUAAGUCGUCGUUUCCUCAGUGAGGUAUAUAUAUAGCAGCAACAACGAAGUGAAACUCACUCAACCACAACUAUGAAUGGCUUCUGCUGUUUCUCUUAUAUCAUCAUUUUGUUACUUACGAUUGUUUGUCUCCAUGUGCAGUUGCAGUGUUGUGUUUUGCAUUUACUAGCUAAUUGUUGCCUGUAUUUUGUGUAUAUCUGUAGCUGGGGUCUGACCUGGGGAGACAAGGGAUACAUCAUGAUGUCCAGGAACAAGGAUAACCAGUGUGGCAUUGCUACUGCAGCCAGCUACCCUCUGGUCUGAGCAGGUGAGAUCAAAAUCCAACCUCAAAACCAUGCUCUGUUUGAUCACAUGUGCGCCAUCUCUGGUUUAUUGUCCACUAACUGGUUGUUUUAUGUUCAUGUUUGUUUACUUUGCAGGUCUCCAGCUUCCCUCAGUGUGGUGGAGAACAGUGACACAUAAUUUACUGCAAUUUACUGUAAUUUAAUCAGAGAAACUGAAUCAUGCAACUAAGUGUCUAUGUGAGUUAGGAGGGUGCAGUCUGUAUGAGCGCUGAUGCACUUUGAAUAAAACUACUUUUGUAAGAAGACUGUAAAUAAAUGUAAAGAAAUAAUAAAUUUUGACAAAAGCACGUAAACUUG